CCAGCAGUUACUGUCUCCCCCAUCUCAAGGUUGCCCAACUCCCCCUCUUUCUUUCUAUCGCGCAGGAGGAGGCGCGCGAGCCCUAAGAUUUGAAGAGAUAUUUAAGAGAGAGAAAGAGGAGUGUCUGAUAUAGUUCGAUGCCUGUAGAUACUCAUGCAUGCCGAUGCUUGAGUCUGAUACCAAUUUCAUUUAGAGUAACUUCAUUUCAGGAUGCACAAGGAAGCAUCAUUCCUUGACGAUUCUCUCACCAGAACAGGUGAUAUAUUGACCCAGGGUUUCCUUCCUGACUCUGUAAGCACAGCACUGACUUUUUUAUUUGGCCACGGAAAUCAACAAAACAUGAACUCAUCAUGUAAUUGGUCAAAUUUUGGUGAAAAUUGGCAGAAGUCCAGAAAAUCGGAUGAGCAUAAGUUGAAUAGCUGCAAGAGAGGUAUAUCUGUUGUGGAAAACAAUAAUAUAUCUUCCAACAUUGAAGAAAUAUCUAGAUCCUCUUUUGACUCCUGUACCAUAAAAAAAAUGAAUGCUGCAUCAUCUCCCAUUAAGGAUGGUUUUGUCUACAAGAGAAGGAAAAUGCAAAGGAAUACUGAUGCACUUCUGUCAGGUAAAAAUGCAGCUGAAGUUACUGAAGAAAACGCUCUAUCUGAUUUUAACCUCAGUUCCUCAGACUAUCACUUGGCACUGCAUGAGGAUAGUUCUGAUGAUGUUCAAGCAGCUGUGCAUCGUUCUAGUGACUGUCAAGAUAAUGAAAGGCCAUCAUUUUCUGGAAGACAUCAUCUUGAUGUACAUACUUACGACUCACAACAUAUUGAUUAUAAGAAUCUAGAAUCUGUUAAAAAAUCUGCAAACAAUGACCAGAUUUCUGCUAGGGAUGUAUCACAUUCUGCCAAAGAGUUUACCAAUAAACUUUGCUGUUCUUCAACAGGAAACUACAAUGCCGUCAACAGUACCUUUGCAGCAUCAAAAUCCCGUGUUCCAUGUGCUUCGAUUUUGUCAGUGGCAGGAGAGCACGGUGGGGACUGUUCUACAUCUGGUGCUAUUUCUUUAGAAUCUCUUGAUAAGUUUGAGUCACCAGAGGAAAUGUGCAUCUAUGUUCUUAAAAGGCAUGGAUUGCUUGGAAAAAAUAAUAGGAACAGUGCUUUUGCAUCAUCAGAAAACCUUGGUUCUGUUGGAUCUUUGUUUUCUCCAUGCAAAAUCUGUGGUAUUUCAGAAAAUGCCGUAAAAAUGCUAAUUUGUGAUGAUUGCGAGGAAGCAUUUCAUUUGUCUUGCUGCAGACCUAAAAUAAAAAGGCUGCCUAGGGAUGAAUGGUACUGUCAAUCUUGUUUCAUAAAGAAACGAAAGCACUUAGUGAGGAAGAAUAUGGGAACAUCAUCAGGUAAUGUGGGUGAUAUCUCUGAGAGUGGUGGUCCUAUAGCAUCCAUGUUGCGAGACUUACGUCCACAUAGAUCUCGAGUACGCAUUGGUGAGGAUUUUCAAGUUGAAGUUCCAGAUUGGUCUGGCACGUUCUCUAAUAGUGAUGACUAUUUUGGUGAGCCCAAGGAGAUGGAUCAUGCUGAUUGUUGUAGCUUUGAGGGUUGGAGUUGGAGCAAAUCCUCUAAAUCAUGUUCAAUUGGUAAUUGGCUACAAUGCAAAGAAGAAGAUGAUAAUGGAAAUAUAUGUGGCAAGUGGCGGAGGGCACCACUUUUUUCUGUUCAAACUGAUGAUUGGGAUUGUUUCUGUGCUGUUCUUUGGGACCCAGUACAUGCUGAUUGUGCUGUGCCUCAGGAGUUAGAUACAGAGGAAGUUCUCAAACAUUUGAAAUAUGUUGAAAUGUUAAAGAGUCGGCUGAACAACAGAGUGAAACCUGUUUGAGGCAAAACUUCUGAAAUCUGGGAUGGAACAUUGCAAUUAGCUAUCAACGGUCAAUUAAAAUUUUGCUGGGCUGUGUAUCCUGUACAGACGACUUGUGCUGUUACAGGUUUUUGGAUUUUCAACCAGGCCUUCCAUCUUCAUUUCUUAGUUGUAUUGCUGCCCACAUUUUCUGUUAUUUUUUUUUUUUUUCCUUCCAGUUCUGUUUGAAUUCUCUUGAAAAAAAAAAACAGAAAAAACAGAAAUAUUGCACCAUAUUUAGGUGAUAUGUUCGGUGUGGCCUACUUUUUUGAGAGUAGUGAAUCAAAUGGUGUAGCCUUUGAUCUCAUUUAAUUGUAUUCCUUGAGAAGAUUGAAGAAUAUAUGGAAGAUUAAAUUUCCAUU